AUCUUUCAUAUGGAAACAGUUCAUUACACUGACAACAUGAGCUAUGGAUCUGGCUCACAGGGACCAAGUGCAGACUACUGUCAUCUUAUGGCAGAACUUAAAGCUCAAAAUUUUGACGUGAUGAAAUUCUCUUCCUAUCGUACAGCAUGUAAACUCAGGUUCAUCCAAAAACGAAUAAGUUUGCAUUUGGUAGAUAUAUGGAAUGUGAUUGAAGCCUUCCGUGAAAAUGGUUUGAACUCCUUAGAACCUCGAAUGGAGAUAAGCAUUCCCCGUCUAGAAACCCUAGUAACCUCAAUUUAUUUUCAACUUAAUAAGCGCCUUCCAUCUACCCAACAGAUAGACUUAGACCAAUGUACUACAUUAUUGCUCAACUGGCUAAUGUCUGCAUAUGAUCCGGAAGAUACUGGGAAAGUAAGAGUGUUUUCCAUUAAAAUUGCCUUAGCGACAAUGUGCUCUGGGAAACUGAUGGACAAAUUGCGAUAUAUCUUUUCAUUAAUUUGUGAUAAUAAUGGUCUUUUGGUGCAGAGUAAAUUUGCUGACUUCUUAAGAGAAAUUUUACAAGUUCCGUGCUCAGUACAUGAGUCUCCAACGUUUGGAUAUCGUGAUAAUCUACCCACUUCAAUUAUUGAUGGGCAAAGUAAAGUUACAGUUAAUGACUUUCUGGAUAUCAUUAUGUCUGAUCCUGCUCCACCCUGUCUUGUUUGGUUGCCUUUACUACAUAGGCUUGCAAGUGUUGAAAAUGUUUUACAUCCUGUUCAGUGUGAUGGUUGCAAUCGAGAAGCAUUUCUAGGUUUUAGGUAUAGAUGCCAAAAAUGUUACAACUAUCAACUAUGUCAAGAUUGUUUCUGGCGAGGGCGUGUUUCUGGGAGUCAUACUAGUCAGCAUGAAAUGAAAGAAUACACAUAUUAUAAAUCACCAAGCAAGCAAUUAGGGCACUCUUUAAAAAAGUCCUUCCGUUGCGUGCCAGAAAAACAGAUAAGUGACAUUCCCAGAUUUCCUGAAGAACCAGAAAAAACUCUAAAUUUGCAACACAUUGUGCCUCCUUCACCAAUACCGAGUCAUAAUGGCUUUCAUGAUGCUGCAAAUAAUUCCUUUGAUAUGUCUUCAAUAGAUGGAAGGUCUACAACAAGGAGCUUAGAAUCCAGUCGUGGAGAUGAUGAACACAGACUAAUUGCUAGAUACGCUGCACGCUUAGCUGAUACUAGAAGUACUUUGAGGAGUCCUUCUGAUCUCAGUUUAAACAUGGACACUACUCGACAACGAGACCUCAUUGCUCAACUAGAGGCAAAAAAUAGGGAAAUAAUGAGAGAAAUAGUAAGGCUAAGGAAGCAGCAAGAGCAAGAAGAUGCUGCCAUGCAGAAUGAACAAAACCCAACACUUUUGGCUGAGUUAAGAGCUCUGAGGCAAAGGAAAGAAGAAUUAGAAAGCCAUUUAUCUACCCUCCAAGAGAGUAGAAGGGAGCUUAUGGUCCAGUUAGAAGCUCUGAUGAAAAUGCUCAAAAAUCAUCAGACAUCUCCUCGGUCCACACCAAACAGCUCCCCUCGCUCUGCUACAUCCAAAUCACCACCUUUAUCUACACCUUACCCUCUGUCUUCUUCACGCAGUGCUCCUACAACUCCUGGGAGUAAUCCACCAACCUCUGAAAGUGCUACUGGUGCUCCUAAUAAUGUCAUAAUGGCAUAUGACCAGUCAGGAAGCACUAGGAGUCUUCGGAAUGAUUUGCUGGUAGCUGCAGAUUCUGUAACGAAUGCUAUGUCUUCGCUGGUUAGGGAACUAAAUUCAGGAUCGGAAGAUGAAGAUGGUGGCAAUGACAGCAAAGUUUUAAGUAGUAGUCGAGAUUUUGAAACAGAAGACACUGAAAGUGCUGUUGAGAGUUUGGAAGGUGGAGGAACACUCUGGCGGGAAGAAAGGCAAAGAGCCCAAGAAAAUCAUUUCCUACAAGAAAUUCACGCUCGGAACAAUUCAUCAACUUCUGGGCACCAUAAUGACAACACUAUUCAGGAGGAAGAUGAUCAAGAGCUUUAUGAUAACGAUCCAAGGGGUCAAACUUUAGUCACCACAUAAGCAACAACUUCGAGACUGUGUCCAGUAUUCCGCUAAUUCCCUUUGUAGGAUCUGGAUCUCUUCCAACAUCAUGCAUCCCUGACUACCGAUGACGAGAGCUACGUCCGCACUGAUGACGAUGAAGAUGGAGGCAACACGGACUGGGAAGAAACCAUGCGACGUUGGGUGAACCGUUAGAAUACCUGCAGUUAAAUCAUUUCUACUGUGCUUCAACAUCAUAUCAUGAGACGAGGCAGCUAGCUCUUUCAUCAGGUUCAAAAAGUGCCAUACAAAUGCAUCAUGGCCCACACAUAACAAAAUUUGUUCAUCAUGUAAAAAUAAAAUUGCAGAAUUCUGCUUGUAUAAAUAAUUUUGGCCCUUUGUAUGCAGCUUUUUAAUCAUUCUAUGAUAACUGUCUUUCUUUUAUUUUUUAUAGAAUUACUUGUCAAAUGACUUUUUUGAGAACUGUUAAAAAAAUUGAUUUCUUAAUUAUAAAUUAUAGCUUUCACAUGAUUUAGGAGAUGAAUAACAGUUGUGAUUUUGAGCAGUGGAUUCACUAUUCAUUUGCAUUUCAUUUAAGUGAAAAUAUAUGGUGUUAUGAACAUUUAUCUAUUUCUCUACCAAUAAAUUGGUAUAAAUUUUGAUAAUUUAUUAUUUAAACUCAUUCAUAGUAGCAUUUUAAGUCUUCUUCAAUUUUUUGAAGAAACACCAGCAUUUUUGCAUUUAAAAUGUAUUGUUAUGUCACAUGUAAACUUUUGUAAAGUCUUAUGUUGCAUAUAUCAAUAUAAACUGUACUUAACUUUAGUUUAUUAAAGGUAGAUUUUUUUAAUUGCAUUACAAGAUAAUUUUAUAUCAGUAUUUUAAUAUCAUGAAACAUCCUAAUCUUUAUAUACUUCUGAAAAUGCUGAAUGUUUUUCUUGUAAUGCUAUGUAUCUUCUUCUUUUCCCCCCUAGUAUUGCAAAUUUUUCAUUAUAUAAAAGGAAUAACUUCUGUAAUUGUAAUGAAUCACUGAUACAUAGUUUGUCAUAUUCUUCCUAUUAAAUGGUGAAAGUGUUGUAUCUUAUUAUGUGAUAGCCCCACAAGAUACAUAACAGAAAUAUUACUUAGUGAUUUUAAUCUCUUCUUACUAUCAUCUAUUAAUAUGCAUCACGUUGGGAAAAUUUCAAUCCUAAGAAAAUAUUCCGAAUGCUGUCCUGCUAUAUUAGCCUUCAUUAGAUGAUGAAUUUCUAAUUCAUUUGAAUUUGUUCCCUUCUGUCUUUACAAAAAAGACUUGAUUUUAUCAUUCCUUCAAUUCAGUCAUCUAUUUAAUUUAAAUGCAUUAACUUUGCAGUUAAUAAUAUUCACAACAUUUUACAAACAGUACAAGUACAUUGAUGAAGUAAGUCUUCUCAGGGAUACAUAUUAAAAAUCGCAUUUAUAUAGAGCUUCCAAACAUAUAUAUUUUUCUAUUAAAGAUGUGUGUAGAUUUUACUUUCAAGGCAAACAUUGUUUUAUACAUACUUUUUGUUAAUUUUCUAAAUGAACUGCUUUCAUCAAAAGUUUAUGAAAAAAAAAGCUGCUUAAAAAUUUAAAUAUCCUUUAACCUAAAUGAAUUUUUUUUAAAUACCAUAUGCAUAUGCAAUAAAUGUAAGUGAUAUUCACUGAAUGUCUUUAUUUUGUGAAUAACGUAUUACUUAUAUAUGAAAUGUGGAACUUGAAUUUAGUACUUUAAAAUCUCAAGUAAAUGAAUUUAGAAAACUUGAAAAAACAGAUAAAAAGGAUAGUUUAUAUACUUUAAAGAAUUAUAUAUAAACUUUAUUAUUAAACUUAUUAAUUUUAAUGUAUAGAAAUGGUGCUAUGUUAUCUUAUCAUUUCAGUUUCACUCCCAAAUGUUACCCUAUUGUAGUAUGUUCUUUUUGUUUUAUUAAUUUAUUUUCCUCAUAUCCUAUUGCUAAGAUUUGUGUUAAGCAGAAUAAAGUGUUGCUAAAUACAGAAAAAUUAUCAACAACUGCUUUCAUUUCAGUUUUAUGCUUCAUAUCAUACUCAAUUGUUUCAAAAUAUAAGAAAAAUUGAGCUUUUAAGGCUUCAAAAUUAUAUUUUAUUGAUUGAAUAAUUUAACAUAUCAUAAUUUAAGAGUUAGAUUAAAGUAUGCAAGUAUGUAUGCAACUUUUCUCUGAAACUUCAUUUGGAAAACUUUUGAGUUGUAGAAUAUUUACAAGAUUAUCAAAUGAUUCAAAUCAGAGUUUUGAAAAUGCUAUAAAUAUGUCCUUAAGUUUGACUAUAUCAAAACGUCAGAUUUAAUUAUCUGAUAAGAUUUCCACACCUUUGCUUUAAAAAAGUAAAACAUAUAUAUAUACAGGGUGAUUCUAAAUUGUUUUUAAAAAUUAAGAGAAGUGAUAGUACUCAUCCAGAUAAUCAAUAAUUAC